UGUUUUUUUACCGUCGUGGUUCCCAGCGCGUAGGCUGCAAAUGCAAUGAACGUGUUUUGUGAAACAGAAGAUUUAUUAAACAUUUGUUUUUGUAUUUUUGUAUUAAAUUGACAUUUUUCACUCGAUCUCCAUCUUUGACGCGUAGCGACUGUUCUCCGCCAGCAGUUGUUCAAUGGAUUGAGAUGUGCUUACAAUCUGAAUCUGUUUUUGACCAAACCCCCGGCGUCUAUUAACUGUACUGAGAAUACUAUACAACUAAACCCACGAUGCCUUUUAACCCGAGCCUGUCCAGAGCAAAAGAUCGAAGCAGCAGUGUUCUGGGUCGACCUGAAUUCUUAUCGCUGAAUCAGCCACUGCGAAACAGCAGAGCAUCCAGAAGAGCCAACCACUGGAGGACCCAUCAGUGUGAGAACCUCCCAGAGCCCGAGAGCACGAAGGAACGCAAAGAGCCGUCAAGACUUCCAGAUGAAGACUGCAUGCUGCUCAACCCGUCUUUCAAAGGAAUCGCCAUAAACUCUCUUUUGGCCAUCGACAUUUGCCUCUCCAAGCGUCUGGGCGUGUGCGUCCACAGCUCGUCUUCAUGGGGCAGCGUUCGAAGCAUGGUCACUCUUCUGGCUCUGACGGGUCACGGCUUGACGUGGAUCUGUGGGACUCUGGUGUGUCUCAUGCAGAGCAAUACGCCGGCCGGCCAGGAGGUCCUGAUCAAUCUACUCAUAGCUCUGGUCCUUGACAUCUUAACUGUGGCGGGGGUGCAGAAACUGGUCAGACGCAAAGGACCAUGGGAUAUGAAUCCAGGUUUUCUGGACUGCGUCGCCCUGGACACGUAUGCAUUCCCAGCAGCUCACGCCAGCAGAGCAGCCAUGGUUUCAAAGUUCCUCCUGUCCCACCUGGUGCUGGCCGUCCCGCUGCGUGUCCUCCUGGUGCUGUGGGCCUUUCUGGCGGGAAUGUCCCGGGUCCUGCUGGGUCAGCAUCACCUGACGGACAUUGCGUGCGGGUUUGCUCUGGGUUUUCUUCACUUUAGACUGAUGGAGUCGGUGUGGUUGUCAUCAAGUGCCUGUCAAACACUCAUCUCAGUGGGAACGUUCAGCUGGGGCUCAUCCAACUAGAUUCUACCUCGUGCAAAAGUCAAACAGACAUCUGUAGGGUGGACUGACACGUUCUUGUGUUUUGUGUUCCUUUUCAAAUGAAUUCAGCAUGUUUCAUUACAAAUAAUAGCAGAACAAUUUGAGGAAAACGUUUGCUGUUGCGAAUUGUCGUAGUGUUUUGCCGUGAUGGCAUGCGUUUGAGGUUCUGAAGAUCUCUGUGGUAAAGAGUGUCAGGUUUUUCUAAAAAAAUCUUUUGAUUUUUAUCACACUUAAUGUCCACAACUGCUCAUGAGCUAAAAACAUUUGGAGGCACGGUUUUCUUUUUCGUCACGUGUCCCAGUUUCACUUCUUUAAUACAGCUGAACUGAGACAUUCGUAAAAGUCUUGUUGUCUAAAGAGUGAAGUGGCUGCCUCCAGCUUUGUCUAGUUUUAUAAAUGGGAGCUUUUGUUGUCAAAUGACAACUAUGCCGAGGAUCACUUGAACUGUAGUGUUUCUGGACAGCUUUACAUAUAAAUAUAUGAAUACAACCCGAAAAGCAUGGUGUUCACUACAUCACACAGACACUAGUCCUAUAGAACAUCUGUGAAGGAGGCUAAAACUCCAAUUUGCUGAGCGACAGCCAAGAAACCUUAAAGAUUGAUAGAGGAGUGGACUAUAAUGUAUCCUGACACAUGUGCAAACCUGGUGACCAACUAUCAGGAAUGUUUUACCUCUGUGCUUGCCAACAAGGAUUUCUCCACCAAUUACAAAGUAUGGUUCGCUCAGGGAUCACAUGCUUAUUUCACUGACUGAAAUGAAAAUCAAUUUAUAACCUUUAUAUUAAAAAAAUCCCCUGAUUUUUUUAUAUUCUGUCUCCAUCAGUUAAAUAAACCUGACAUAAAAAUUAUAGACCCUUCAUUUCUUUGUAAAAGGCAAAGUUCAAAAUCAUCAGGGGAUCAAAUAAUUCUUUCCCUCACUUUAUACUGUAAUUCUACAAGGCUGUCCUAUGUGAUUGUGUUUUUUAAACGACUGACUAAAGUGGUGAUGCACAAAUACCUCUGCAGUAUCCUGGAAUGUUCUCCGUUGCAUUGAACAUGCAAAUAUAUUCUACAUCUUUUUAUUUAUGUGUUCUUUUCAUUUUUUGGUAUAAAUUACUUGAUAUGUUUCAGUAACCAUCUGCAAAUGCAAAAGUUGAAAUAAACUU